GUAUAUGAUAAAUGUUUGCUUUUUUAAACUAACAUGAAGGAUUUCUUUUAACAUUCAAAAUAUUAUAUUCGAUACUUGUUGAAACAGUAUCCAACAUGAAAUCUUCUCUCCUUGCUUUGUUUUGGACUCAGUGCUAUGUAAAAUCUGAGGACUUUUACACGGUGAGCCAGGGCACACCCUCCGCACUGCACGUACCUUAGGUGUAAGUAUUUUCCUGCAGCUUCUUCAUUGUGUCAUAUUUGGUUCAAGUAUCUGUAACAGCUCUGCUGAGAUUUUUAUCGUUUGGGAGGGGGGUACCUAAUAGGAUUGUUCUGCCAUUUCAGAAAUCAGUAAAAAACAAAGUAGCCCUGAAGUCUUUGACUGCUCUUUAAGGGUCCGAGAAGCGGCUUCAGUCCCACCAGUGCCAAGGAGCCCCCCUCACACCUCCGUGCUGUCUCCACUGACCUUUUAUGUAUUUCUGAGCUACGGAAGCAGAGAGGGAGAGCGCUGUGCUCGCUGUGCCCCGCCAGUGAGAUAUUCCAAAAGACAGUCGCACUCUCAGUCAGAAUUUGGUAUUUGCUCACUUUUAAAUCUGUGUGUGUGGUCAGAGCAUAGACUGUUGGUUUUCAUUCUUGUCCACAAAUGAGAUAACUUAUGACAGCAUGGGAUAAUGGUGGUAUCUUUUUUUAGCCUCAUGUUAAUUCUUUGGAAGAAGAAGUGAACGUAAAACUUUUGGUCAUCAGCAUAAAGCUUCAGAAAUCAGAUGUAAUAACUACAGAGGAAAUCCUGGAAGCCCUCCUGGCAUGUGCAGUGCAGAAAGGGGCGGGACCACGGUCACACGGGAGUCAGGAGGGCUGCCCGGAGCUGAGAGGGGGUGGCCGACCCUUCAUUCCUGGAAGGCCAAAGCAGCUGGAGGAAGUGAUUCACUCCGUUGUAUCUAAUCAGGGUGAGAGAGUCAGGAGGGAGGUGGGCUUUAUUUUCAUUUUUAUUUUACCAAGUUCCUGCUCCACCUUAAUUCUCAGAAGUGAUCUGGCUGAAGCUAUAGAAUAGGCUGACUUUUAGAAUCAUUGCAACUUGGAGCUAUCUGUGUGUUCAAGUCUGGAACAUGUCUUAAAAAAAAAUAAUAAUAAUGGGGGGUGGCUGCUUCCAGCUCCCAUGUGCCAUUUUCACAGAGUAUUUGGAAACGUGCUUGUGAAUAAUGGCUUGAAAUUCCGAGAUAAUCAUGUAAAGGACUCUCAGACAGGGCAGGCUGUUGGAGACGUUUCUUUCGUGGUUCAUGAUGAAGGAGUUUCCUUUUGGACCAGUUGUGUGGUUUGUGUUCCGGUCGGGGCCGGACCCAGACCUGCAGUGUGGAGGGAGGCCCGCUGUGCAGGGAGGAGUCUGUGGACUGCCUGGGAUUCGUGGCUCAUCCUUCACUUCAUUUUAAGUCCCGGGCUGUUCCUUUAGCAUUCACCUUAAUGUCACGGUGCUGCCACACGCCGCGGCCGACAGACUCAGGAGGCCUGGUGGCUCGGGAAGCUCGCAUUUGACGUACUUCUACGUGAGGUACAAUGACCCUGGGGAGUUGCUUUGUCGCUGGGCCACGCAGAUUCCACUUCCUUCUUCCAAGGCUGAUGCAUCUGGCCACCCCCGAGUCAUUCGGCCGUGUUGUUGCAGACGUGAAGUGAUUUCCUUUAGCCCGGGGCCACCUAGAAUUGGUCCCCGGUUACCUGUCACCGGGUCACCUGUAGAACUCCCUUCCAGUGUCAGAUGAGCUGGGGGAUGGAUAUAAUUAGACAGCUUUGCCAUGUAUUAACAAAUGCUGAGAAGUUGAAAAUUUGUAUAUACUGAAAUCUAGCGACUUUUACCCGGGGCAGGGACGGGGAGAGAAAGGGGAUGGACUAGGGUGAGGGCGGGGACUGAUCAUGUUUACUGCAGGUACGAAGCAGUCACUUUAACAUUGAGGCCUCUGCCUCAUUGAAUUCAGGUUUCUUAAGUACUUGAAACUCUUCAGAUUCCCCUUAUUUUACAGUUAUUUUUAAAUUUAUGAAGUAGAAGGCAUUGUUUUGUGUACUGUUUUGAAAGCAAACCGCCUAUAGUCUCUUCUCUUUACCGCGGAUGUAAGGCGAAGUCCUGAGCCGGGAGAGCGCGCCCACAGCACCCGUCUCCGAUUUCCUGUGCGCAUUCGAGGGAGAGGCUCUUGCAUGAAAUACCAGCAGCAUUUUAUGACUAUUUCCUAUGUGUGUUCUUUAUUUUGUCAUCCUGUCAACCCUGUCCCCAUGCACCUCUUCUUUCCUUUUAAGAUCCAUGCCUGUGUAGGGAAAAAACAAAAAUUUGCACUUACGUCGCACUCCUGACAUGCAGGGUGUGAUCUGUGUGUUCCAAAAAACAUUUCCGUUCUUUUCUCGUCAGUCCAUUGCUUAGGUGACAAGUUCAGGUGCUUGUGGCACGUACAUAUGAAGGGGGAGGAGGAGGAGAGCUACCUGUGCUUCAGUAGCCGUGCAAGGCCAUUAUGUUUAAUGAAAAGGGAGUUGCCACAGUCUUUUAUUCAGCCUCUAGUUUUCUUACGUGACCUUCUGCAUCUGCGGAUUGGCACAAAAAGGUGCGAGCGCGCCCUCUCCCUGCCUGCGACAGACCUCCGAGACAGACCUACAACGCAAGCGGGUGGCUCUCGGCCGCCAGCAGAUCCCCGACAUAAGGGUAACAGAGCUCCUCCCUCCCUUCCAGCGGCUGAUCCAACCAGAGGAGAUGUGGCUUUACCGGAAUCCGUCAUUGCAUUUCUUUGCCCGCUAUCUCUGAUCCUCCUGGCCAGGUGUCUCGAGAAGGCAGACAGGACAGACAGCAGACAGGCCUGUCUGGCUGCCAGCCUUGCCCUGGCUCUGAACGGCGUCUUUACCAACACAAUAAAACUGAUAGUGGGCAGGCCACGCCCAGACUUCUUCUACCGCUGCUUCCCGGACGGCCAGGCGCAUUCUGACUUGACAUGCACAGGAGACAAGGACGUGGUGAAUGAGGGCCGGAAGAGCUUCCCCAGUGGACAUUCUUCCUUUGCAUUUGCUGGUCUGGCCUUUGCUUCCUUCUACCUGGCAGGGAAGUUACACUGCUUCGCGCCACAAGGCCGUGGGAAGUCUUGGAGGUUCUGUGCCUUUCUGUCACCUCUCCUCCUCGCAGCAGUGAUUGCCCUGUCCCGCACCUGUGACUAUAAGCAUCACUGGCAAGAUGUACUGGUGGGAUCCAUGAUUGGCCUGACAUUCGCCUACGUCUGCUACAGGCAGUAUUAUCCUCCGCUGACUGACACAGAAUGCCAUAAACCAUUUCAGGACAGACUUGUACUUCCUGCUGCACAGAAGCCUGGUGAUCCUGGUCAUUUUAGUAUUUAGAAGUUGGAACUUCCUCAGUGGAGAUUAGGUGAAUCAGCUCUUCAUAACUGCCCAAGAAUUUGAACUUCUGCCCUCUUAUGAGGUAUGAGUGAGGACAUCAGCACUUCAUUCUGCCUCCGUAGGUUUAUGCAGUUUGGCUCACAUGGAUUUAUCAUGGAGUUGAAGCUCAAGGUUGUUUUUCACUGCUCUGUGCCACACAUUCUGGUAAGAAGACCAUACAGUAGUCCACCAGCUGGUAUCCCACUGUCUACAGCAUUUUACAUCUCAUUUAAAUGCCAUUCUUGGAAGGAUCUUUCACAAAGAAACCUUUACAAGGGCCGCCUGGGUGGCUCAGUUGGUUGAGGGUCCAACCAGAUUUUCGCUCAGGUCAUGAUUUCAGGGUUGUGGGACUGAGCCCCACGUCAGGCUGAGCAUGGAGCCUGCUUAAGCAUCUCUCCCUUUGCCCGCUCUCCCCUGCUCAACGCACACUCUAAAAUUUAAAACAAAACAAAACAAAAAACUUACACAGAAGCCUUUAAGUAUCCUAGAAGCUAGAGAUGAAUUUCCAUAGCUCAAAGUCCAGGGCAUGACCAACUAAAUUAUUUUAGUUUACCUUCUCCAGUGAGAACUCCAUCAAGCCUUAAAUAGGAAAAUGUCCAAUUCUGGCUAUUUUACCUUCCUACACAUGUAUCUUAGCUGAGUCUAGUCAAAUAUUGCUGUCCAUUUGCACCAUGCACUACCAGGGCAUAAAUUACUUAUUGAAUUACAAAAUAAACAGUUUUAAAAAACGGUAAGGACAAGUGAGGCGGAAGCCACCAUCAGCUGCUAGUACAGAAACAUACUCCUAAACUCGGCUCACUAGUUUCUUUCCGUCCACGCACGAUUAAAGACCUGUCCAAAGACAUCAACUCUGCCAACUGGCUAAGGCAGGAAAGAAAAAUUACGGAUGUCAUUUUCUAGAGGAAAAAUGAACUUUUUCUGUCCCUUCUUCAUAAUGGGAUUUAAGGAGCAAUUUUACAGAAGGUCAUGAGAACUGACACUCUAGGACCUACAAGUACCUUUUUCUUUCCGAUCAUACUUCCAAUAUGACCUUGGCUUACAUACUUCUUUCUACAUAUUCAGUGUAUCUUUUUCCUUCAAUAAAUGCGAUAUUCAAAGAAAAUGGUUACUGUGGGUGUUUUAGGUACUUAACACCACUUGAGAGCCACAACAUUUCCACAGUAAAACCCUGGAUUCCCCGUCUGACAUGAGUGACACAACUGUUGGCAAUAGAGGCUGACACCUGUAUUACUGAAGAACAGUCUCCGUAUUUACUUUGUACUCCCCACGCUUCACGACAGCCGCCUAACAAAAACACCAGUCCAGGGAAAAGAACUUAAAUAUUAGUUCUUUGCCCAAACAUUUUUAAAAUUUGCUUUAGUAAUAUAUAUGGGGAGAAAAUGGUUAUUGUAUUGAUUUUCUAUAUAAUGGAUGAACCAGGUGAAAGUAGGCAACUGGUCAAUAUGGUUUUAUUUCAGUGUUUCAUAAACUUCUAAAUAUAAUCAUGUAAAAAAACAAACAUUUCAAAAAGUGCAAA